AUGGAUCCUGGCCCAUCGCACAGUCGCCGUCCGUCUCAGGGCGGUUCGAAAGUGGGCGGACCUUCGGACGGUUCUCCUCAAAGCCGCCGUCCCUCUGUCAGCGGCUCUCAGCCUCCAUCCCCCGGGCCUGCCGCCCAAGGACAGUUCCCUCCGGGUCUUGGAUAUGACCCAGCACGGGCUCCUCUUGACGAGGCCAAGCGCAGGGCCAAGGAGAUGCCUUCACGCAUCGACCUGCCCGCAGAUGCGUACAGCCUGGCUAAAAUGCCGACACCGUAUGCUCGUCGCCCUGGAUACAACACCGUCGACAAGCCUGUGAAUCUUAGAAUCAACCAGUACCGCGUUGAACAGGCUGCGAACAUCAAGGUGUUCCAAUACGCAUUCACGGUCAAGCCAGAGCCGCUCAAGAAUGUUGUCUACAAGAAAUGCUGGUCCUCUCAUAGAUUUCAGCAGAAGUUGGAGAAAUACAGCAAGUCCUGGUUGUAUGAUGGGAGAAACCUCGUCUGGUCGAUCAAUGAUAUGAAAGAGCCCAUCCAAAUCGAAAUCGAUCUCGACGAGGAAAAGGGGCGAGUGCCUCGACCCGGAAAAGAGGACAAACAGUUCAUUAUCCUCAAGCAAACGAGCACGAUUUACCUCUCGUCUCUAAUUGCGUACCUUCGCGGUACAGCUAGCUGGGACACCCAUGUGCUCGAAUGCAUGAACUUUUUCGACCAUGCACUGCGUCAGAAGCCUAGCACAUACAUGACAGCCAUUCGACGGAACUUUUAUCACCCCAACGCGCCUCGCCGGGAUCUUGAUGGCGUAGUGUAUGCUGCCAAGGGCAUCUAUGCCGCAUUCCGACUGUCGGAGUCCAUCCGGACCGGCGGCUCCGGCCUUGGCAUCAAUGUUGAUGUUGCCAACACCACGUUCUGGCGAGAACAGACAUUGGACAAUCUUGUCAUGAAAUUCUUGAAUACAGCGGGAGAGAAGUGGCACGCCAGCAGCCAUCUGGAUGCCAUGAACCUCCUGAAGCCAGUUCAGUCCAAGUUCAACUUGAAGCUCAAAGAGGCUGCAAAGUCUGAUGCAUUCGUCAGCCUGCGCAAGCUGCACAAGCUUCGCUUCAAGGUAUUUCAUCGCGGCAAGACAAAUGAUGAGAAAACCUAUUCCAUCGCUCGCUUCGCCUGGGAUUCCAAAUACCAGUUUGAGGGCGCCACUGCCAGAAAUGUGACUUUCACCAACAACAAGACUGGAGAGACUCGAAGCAUUGCCGACCACUACUUGAAGCAGUAUGAUAUUCAUCUUCGCUACCCCAACUACCCGGUGGUCGAAACUCUUCGCGAUGGAGCCUUCCCUUUGGAAGUCUGUCAGAUCAUUCCCUGGCAGCGGUAUCCUUACAAGCUGACGCCCGCCCAAACAUCUGACAUGAUUCGAUUUGCUGUCACUCGCCCGGCCGAGCGUUCGAAGAGCAUUGCAGAGAAUGUGGCCAAGCUUGGAUGGGGAAGUGACGAAUAUCUUCGUGACUUUGGUAUUCGCGUCAAUCCCAGCAUGACUCAGGUUCAGGGCAGGCUGUUGCAGGCUCCCAGUGUGGCCUACAAAAACGGAGUUGCCAAACCAGGCACGACCGGCCGCUGGGACUUGCGCCAAAAGAUCUUGCACAUCAACAACAAAGAUCGCCCGCUGACCAACUGGGGUUUCGUCAUCGUUGACAACUGCGUCGACAUGGCUGCCGCGAGCAACUUUGUCCGUGUUUUCACAAAGACAUACAAGGAUCACGGUGGGUUGGUGACAAAGCCGCCGCAUAUGACCAGGUUUCCGAGAGACAAGCCUCUCGACGAGGUCUACUUCGAAGCGUACAACGCAACGGUGAAUGCGAAUGGCGGCCAGCAUCCGGUGAUGAUGUUUUUUGUUCUCCCAACCAAGAAUGCUUUCAGCUACUACCGUCUGAAGAAGAGUGGCGAAUGCCGCUUUGGAAUGGUCUCUCAGAUGGUCGGGUCUCAGCACGUUAUGAAAGCCCAGCCUCAGUACUGUUCCAAUGUCUGCAUGAAGGUGAACGCCAAGCUUGGAGGAACAACCUGUCGUAUUCCGAAAGAAGGGAACGCUACCCGUCCGGCUUUCUUUGAGGCCCCGACCAUGGUCAUUGGUGUUGACAUCUCUCAUGGUACCACGAACGUCAAGGGUGAGUUGGAGCCGUCGAUGGCGGCCAUGACUGUUUCCUGGGAUCGAGAUGCUGCCAAGUACGCCGCAUUUUGCCAGACCAAUGGCUUCCGCACGGAAAUUAUCAGCCCUCUCAAGAUGCAGGGCAUGUUCAACGAUGCUUUGACCAAGUGGCGCGAAGCUUUGAACUGUCGGAUGCCAGAGCAUGUCUACUACUUCCGCGACGGUGUAUCGGAGGGAGAGUUUGGCCAAGUCAUGGAUUUUGAGAUUGCCGAGAUCAGAAAGAUCUUCCGCGAGCGUUGUGGCCAGGUCCCUAAAUUCACCGUCAUCAUCGCUACCAAACGCCAUCACAUCCGUUUCUUCCCCGAAGGCAGCAGUGGAGAUCGCAAUGGCAAUCCGCUACCGGGAACCGUCGUUGAGAAGGAGGUCACACAUCCCUUCCACUAUGACUUCUAUCUCUGCUCUCAUGUUGCAAUUCAGGGUACGGCACGCCCCGUUCAUUACCACGUCAUUCACGACGAGAUCAAGCUGGAGCCGCACAAGCUGCAGAAGAUGAUCUAUCAACAAUGCUACCAAUACGCGCGGUCUACGACACCAGUCUCCCUGCACCCGGCUGUGUACUAUGCUCAUUUGGCUGGUGAUCGCGCUCGCUCGCACCAAGACAUCCAGUCCGAGAAGAAAGACCCUGUGCAUAUCCAGAAAAUGAUGAACAACUGGUCCGCAAAGAAUACGUCGAGCAACCAGACGCACCCGACGGGAGGGCGCCACCGCUUCUCCCUUUUGGCACGAGUAUCGCCGCAGACAUGA